AUGAAGUUCUCUAUCAUCACACUAUCUCUCAUCACUCUCGCCACUGCAGCUCCUGUAGCCGACCAGGGCGGAGAGAUCUCAUAUGGAGCUCUCCGCCACGACAAUGUCCCUUGCUCGGUCAGGGGCGCGUCGGCCGCGAACUGCCAUCCUGGUGCUGAAGCCAACCCCUAUAACCGGGGCUGCAGCGCCAUCGAAAAAUGCCGCGGUGAUGUUGGUAACAACGAGAAGUCCAUCGCGUUCGGUCAUUGGGAUGGUUUGGGUGGACGGCCAGAUCACAAGGAAACUGCGAGUUAUGAUAGAACCUAG